GUUUGCGAGUAAUCGUCACCGACGUCGCCGCCGCUGCCGCCGCCCUACGUGGUUUCGCUGCCGCCGGCGGUUCAACUCCCUCCUUUCUCUCCUCACUCCGUAUUUUUUUUUUUUCUGAUUCUGUCUUUGCUUUUUCUGUCCGUGUUUUCCACUCUUCUACGACAGAAUAUAAUUGAAGCCCUUCGCUUCUCCACGCCGACCGUUACUUCUUGCCGAGCCCUAGCUUUCUGUAAGAUCCGCGAGGCAGCAAUUUGACCCCAACCUAUCUAAUCCGGCGUUCUCGGGACCUGAGCCGUUUUCAAGCUGCUGUGAUGGGCAAGUCUCAGAAAUCUUCCAAGGAAGUGGAUGAGUUAAGUAAAGAAAUCUCUAGAGAUGUUACUGCAAAUGGCUCCACAGAAGGAAUCAAUGAAAAAGAUGACAGAUUCCAACCUAGUGAUCUUGUGGAUUCAUUGGAGGAUGAGGGAUCUCCUUAUGACAGUGGAGAGGAUGAUCAAGAUGCUAGUGAUUACAAAAGUCAUAGUAAUGCGGAGGAAAGCGACUCCUCUGAAGAUGAGGUGCAGGGAUCUCCUUAUGACAGUGGAGAGGAUGAUCAAGAUGCUAGUGAUUACAAAAGCCUUAGAAGUGCGGAGGAAAGCGACUCCUCUGAAGAUGAGGUGCAGGGAUUUUCUUAUGACAGUGGAGAGGAUGAUCAAGAUGCUAGUGAUUACAAAAGCCAUAGAAGUGCGGAGGAAAGCGACUCCUCCGAAGAUGAGGUGCCUUCAAGAAAUACUGUUGGGGAUGUUCCAUUGGAGUGGUACAAAGAGGAGGAGCAUAUCGGGUAUGAUAUUACUGGGAAAAAGAUCAAGAAGCGGGCUAGGAAGGACAGGAUUGAAUCUUUUUUAGCUGGAGUCGAUGAUGCGAAAAAUUGGAGGAAGAUUUAUGAUGACUACAAUGAUGAGGAAGUGGAGUUGACGAAGGAGGAGGUUAAAAUGAUUCAUAGAAUGUUGAGGGGUAAGACACCACAUGCUGGAGUUGAUCCAUAUGCGCCUUAUGUUGAUUGGUUUGAAUGGGAGGACAAAGGGCACCCUCUUUCUAAUGCACCAGAGCCAAAGAGGCGGUUCAUUCCUUCAAAAUGGGAACAGAAGAAGGUUGUUCGAUACAUUAGAGCUAUUCGAAAAGGGUUUCUUAAGUUUGACAAACCAAAGGAGGAACCUCAUGUUUAUUUGUUAUGGGGUGAUGAUUCAACUGCAGCUGAAAACAAGAGGCAUGGUUUGAGUUAUAUUCCGGCUCCCAAACCAAAACUGGCAGGUCAUGAAGAAUCAUAUAAUCCUUCUGUAGAGUUCAUUCCUACUCAGGAGGAGAUCAACUCUUACCAGUUAAUGCUUGAGGAAGACCGUCCUAAGUUUAUUCCUAGAAGGUUCGAAUCACUACGGAAUGUGCCAGCUUAUGAGAAUGCAAUUAAAGAAACCUUUGACCGAUGCCUUGAUCUCUAUUUAUGUCCUAGAACCCGAAAAAAACGUAUUAACAUAGAUCCAGAAUCUCUAAAGCCCAAGUUACCUAGUCUGAAAGAUUUGAGACCUUAUCCCUCUACAUGUUAUCUUGAGUACAGAGGGCAUACAGGCCCUGUGAAGACAAUAUCAAUUGAUAUAUCAGGGCAGUGGAUGGCAUCUGGUUCAUCCGAUGGUACAGUCCGUGUUUGGGAGAUCGAAACCAGUCGUUGUAUUAAAGUUUGGGAUGUUGGUGAAGCUGUCAAUCAUGUAACAUGGAACCCAUUACCCGAACUUCCUAUUCUGUCAAUUUCUGUAGGGCGUGAUGUGCUUAUUUUAGAUACUAGAUUGGCAAAUGCAGAGAACCAGGCAAGGGUCAAGGAGUUGCUUCACGUGGAGGAAUCACUAUUAGAGGAGGAUGAGGGAAAUACCACUCCUGUGGUGAGAUGGGUUCGAGAUGAUAAAUAUGAUGCCAUCCGAUUAAAGCAUCUCAAGGCUGUGACAACAAUUGAUUGGCAUCGGAAAGGAGACUAUUUCACUACUGUGGUUCCUAGUGGUCAUACAAGAGCAAUAUUGAUGCACCAACUCUCCAAGAAGCAUACACAUAGUCCAUUUCAGAAGUUGCGUGGUCUUCCAGUCACUGCAGUUUUUCAUCCAACACGAUCGAUGUUCUUCAUAUCAACCAAGACUCAUGUCUGGGUUUAUGAUCUUCUGAAGCAAAAGGUUGUCAAGAAGCUCGAGACUGGUCUUCAAGAGGUUUCUUCGAUUUCAAUUCAUCCAGGAGGUGAUAAUGUCAUUGUGGGCAGCAAGGAAGGAAAAAUGUGCUGGUUUGAUAUGGACCUUUCAUCCAAACCAUAUAAGACCUUGACGAGCCACCAUAUGAAAGAUAUCACAAAUGUCGCGUUUCAUCGCUUGUACCCUCUCUUUGCCUCUAGUUCAGAAGACUGCACUGCUUAUGUGUUCCACGGAAUGGUAUACUCUGAUCUUAAUCAGAAUCCUCUCAUUGUCCCAUUGAAAAUUUUGCGUGGGCAUAACAGUUCGAAAGGCAGAGGUGUGCUCGAUUGCAAAUUCCAUCCGAGGCAGCCAUGGUUAUUCACUGCCGGAGCAGAUUCUAUCAUUAAACUGUAUUGCCACUAAGAUCAAUAAUUCUCCAGGAGACUCUGAAGAAACUCUAGGGGAUAAGAUAUUGACAAGGAUAGCAAAUUCAUGUUCUUUGCCGAGUAUACUAUGAAAUCUUUAGGUUAGUUUUGCUGUCAGUUUUUUUUUAAUUUUUUUUUGGAAACUACACAUAAAUUCUAAAUUAAUUAAUUUGUGAUUUGUAAGAAAAAGGUCACUAAAGAUGUGAGUAUCAAGCUAUAUCCUUUUGUUGCGGCUUCUAAUAUACUGUUGGAUAUGAGAAUUUAUUUU